CCUUUAUGCAGUUAACGCGACCUGACCCCUGGGCGCGAUGUAACUGAGCAGCAGCUGAAGUGUUGGUCUAUUGCAUUAGCGCCAAUCAAAAAAUUAAAGCUCAGUGGAGGAAAGUUGAUUAAGUUCUUGAUGUACGAAAUUGGAAAGGUGCCGUCUCUUCUUCCAUCACCAUACCAAUGACAUUCAUAGGUGGCAAUCAUGGCCAUAGAUGAAUCAAUGCCAACCGAAAAGAGCUUGAUUGCUUGGAAGGAGGGUCAAGCAGAUUGCUCAUUAGCUCAAUUCCUCGAACAAAACGCUCCAUCAAAAACACGCAGAAGACCAGGAGGAGAUGGCUGGAUUUGGGUAAGAAGUGUCAGAGCUGAUCUUGGUGAUCCAAAUAAGAAGCCCACAAAUGAAUCACUUCAUGAAGCCAAAAAGAUUUUGGACGAAGUGGUUCGACGAUUGGAGGAUAUCGACAAGAAUGACUCUAUCCCAAAAAUAAAAAGCAAAACGUCUGGACCAUCGAAGAAGAUGUUGAAGGACUCUUCCGUGCAAAGAUGUGAAGAAGCUUUGCGCGAGAUUGGCCUGAAAAAGUGGGCAAGUGGAAAGUGGAUGUUCUUUGAAGGUGCAGAAUAUGUCAAUCUAGUCUUUGGACGCUUGGCACAAUCGAUCAUUGAUGGACCUCUAUCGAAACUAAAGAAUGCACGUUGUCAUACGAUCAAAGUUGCAACAGCCGACAGCUUGCGAGUUGACAAGAGUAGACCAGGAAAAGACUCGCAGCAACUGAUCUGCCUCUACUUUGAUAAUAUUUGGAGCAAGGAAGACGCAACGGAAGUACUGAAAUGCAUCGUCAAAGAACAUGGUCAAAUUCCAAAUUCAGCAAAAGCAGAUCUGUAUACGAUGAUCAAUCUGGACAGCAAUCAUCCUUCAAAGAUUCGAUCGACUCUUUAUCGACCUGCUGAAUUAUUCACAUGGGAACAAAUACGCGAAUGGCAAACUGCAUUCUUUGAAGAAUUGAAAAAGAAUAAGCCCAAGGAUAUCAACAACAAAAGUCCAGCUCGGUCAAGUAAGACUGAAGCUGAGCCAACCGGUAGCGCAAAUAAGAAGAGAAAGUAUGGAUUGGAAGAUGGCGACCGCGAGCCAGUUAAUCCAGAACAAUUUUGGCCAUCACCAAAGUCGGAUCAGAAGGACGCAUCGACGCAUCAAAGGACUAGUAGCAGGGUUGCAACUGAAAAUCGUCCAAACAGCUCAAAAGCGCAACCGUUGCCAGUUGAUGAUGACAGUGAAACAGAAUCCGAAAGUGAGCCUGAAGGUUUCAAGAUUGCACGUCAGAAACGGGCAGAGGAAAUGGCAUCGCGUACAACUCCAGAAAGUAAGAAGGAUGUCAAUCACGCUGGAAAGCUAACGAUGUCCGGAGCAGAAAAGCCGCCAUCACAUACCAGUCCAGGCAGGGAGAAGAAUGAUACCAAUGCUGGUACGCAAUCUAGCACACCGAUCCGUGCUAGUGAAACCGAACUACGUCGAAAAGAUUACAGCCCUAAAGUAUCUCCCAUACGAGCACCAGAAGCACAACAUUCCAACCCACCUAAGCCGAAACCAAAGGAGACACCUAUUGUGGUGUUGAAAGUGAACAGAAAACGCGACCGUUUUGGUCGUGAUGAUUUCUAGCAUUUGUAUAUUAUUCAUGACGGGAUUGGGCUUUUAUAUUCAUGACGGAAUCGGCUCUUUGUGUUCACGACGGAAUCGGCUUUCAUACUCAUGACAGAAUUGGUUUUUAAUGGUUCAAUUAAUAUUGAUAUAAAUUAAAUACUUGAGUGAGCAUAUGUUUUUACCAAAUUGCACAACGUUCUUCUUCGCUUCUUGCCAUUCGGUCUUUUCCGGCUUUGCAACCCCAAACUUCCGCAAAGUCUGGAUUGUUGGAUAGUGUUCCGAUCACACGGAAUUUGGUGGCAGAAUGUUCAUCGGUAC